UCAAACAAAUGAAAAAGGUGGAGAAAAGAUAAAAGGGGAAAGGAAGAAAAGAAAAGGACUGUAAUUUGUCCUAAAAGACAAACCAAACCAGCUGCUAUAUUUUUCAAGGCUCAAGGCCUUUCCCCACAUAAAGAUGAAGAUGGAUUUUAGGAGCUACCAUGUUGAGGAAUUCCAAGCUCCUACUUUCAUUGAAUGGCUCAAGCCAUCUUCCUCUCCUAGUACUCCUCCUCCUUCAUCACUAUCAUCUUCUUCUUCAUCGUCUUCAUCGUCGUUGAAUGGUAAGCGAGUUCAAUUUAUGAACACGAUGGCUAUCUUGAUACAAGAUGAUGAGCAGCAUGGGAAGGAAACUGUUCAAUGCCUGCCUCUUUUAAGCAGGAUGACAGAGAACAAAUCAUUGAAAGAGAAUAUUGUUAAAGAAGAAAAGAUGGAGAAAGUUGCAGUUUCUUUGCACAUUGGGUUGCCUAACAGUAGUGCAACAGAUCAUGAAGAUAAUUGUAAUCCAGUCGUUGAAAACAAGAUUUUUAAGGAGGAUGUAGAAGAAGAAGCCAUCAAGAAAAGCUUCAGCUUCCAUGGAUGUUCUUUCAACAAAGAGAGUAGGUUUUGGAUCCCAACACCAGCACAGAUUCUCGUUGGCCCCAUGCAGUUUGCUUGUUCCAUAUGUAGCAAGACUUUCAAUAGGUACAAUAACAUGCAGAUGCAUAUGUGGGGGCAUGGAUCUGAAUACAGGAAAGGGCCAGAUUCACUUAAAGGAACACAACCAGCCGCAAUGCUGAGGCUGCCAUGCUAUUGCUGUGCUCAAGGCUGCAAGAACAACAUCAACCACCCACGAGCCAGGCCAUUGAAAGACUUUAGGACACUUCAGACUCACUACAAAAGGAAACACGGAGCAAAGCCCUUCGUGUGUCGGAAAUGCGGCAAGCCGUUUGCCGUCAAAGGCGAUUGGAGAACCCACGAGAAGAACUGCGGCAAGCUCUGGUAUUGCACCUGUGGCUCCGAUUUCAAACACAAACGGUCCUUGAAAGAUCACAUUAGGUCUUUCGGAAAGGGCCAUUCUCCUCACCCUUGGCUCGACAAGGAAUGCACCACGGGCUCCGAAGAUGAACUCACUCACUAGGCCGUUCCAUUUCCAAAUACACUUUAACUUGCGCACGUGUUUCUGAAUUAGGUAUCGCUUUCUUACAUGCUUCGUGAUCGGGAAUAACAAGGAAAAGAAAAGGGUUACCUCGAGUGGUGAAGUAGAUGAAUUUUCUUCUCUUCCAUGGAGAUUUGAAACAAGUUUGGGUUAUUUUUCUAAGGGAGAAAAUUUAUCAGCUUCAUUGCUAACUGGUAAUCUUUUACUAAUAGGACGGGGAUUUGUAUUGUUUUCCAGACAUUGAAAAAUGAUCUGAUAUGUCUUUACGUGUCUUGGCUA